UAACUUCUUUUUAAUUUUUAAUAAUAAUCCAGAAAGAAACUCUUCAUAAAUGGUGGAUUGUAAUAAAGCAAUAGGGGAAACAAUUAAUUAUACGUUACCUCCUAACCAGAGAAAAUGACGAAGAUGAAACACUGUGUAGUUCACCAAGUAGUGCCACUCAUGCUAAAAAACGUCUCAUUUGACGCCAAACUCGCAGCUUCAACAAAUUUGACUCACAACCCAUUCACUAUAGAAUCAGUUUCUGGUGUUUUCAAAUCCAUUCCAACUUUCUUCUUUCUGUCCCCUCGCUCUAUUGGCCGCCAAAAGGGUUUUCGCCAUCGCUCUCCUUUGAAGCAGCGGAACCUUACAAAAGAAGCCUACAAUGUCCGCAACAAUAUUUUUGUUCUUGGUCCUGCAGCCUAUAGAGACCCUCAAAAGGUCGCUCUAGGACUCGACAAAGCCCUGGAAUUUUAUUACUGGCUUGAAAAGUUUAUGGGCCUCUGCCAUAAUGAAAUAACGUGCAGGGAGAUGGCUAUUGUUUUAGCUAGAGGGAAUAACACAAAGGGUCUCUGGGAUUUUCUCAAAGAAAUGUCCAGAAGAGGAGGUCGUCAGCUUGUGAGUACUUCUACUGUUACCUGUUUGAUAAAAGUCCUAGGUGAAGAAGGGUUGGUUAAUGAAGCAUUGACUACUUUUUAUCGCAUGAAGCAGUUUCAUUGUAAACCUGAUGUUUAUGCGUAUAAUGUGGUUAUUAAUGCUCUUUGCCUAGUUGGGAAUUUUAAUAAGGCAAGAUUUUUGCUGGAACAAAUGGAGUUACCAGGGUUUAGGUGUCCCCCGGAUGUAUAUACUUAUACUAUAUUGAUUAGUUCUUAUUGUAAGUAUGGUAGGCAAACUGGGUGUAGAAAGGCUACUAGAAGGAGGAUUUGGGAGGCUAAUCACUUGUUUCGUAUAAUGUUGUUUAAGGGUUUUGUUCCAGAUGUUGUUACAUAUAAUUGUUUGAUUGAUGGUUGUUGCAAGACUUAUCGAAUUGAGCGGGCUUUGGAACUUUUUGAUGAUAUGAAUAAAAGGGGUUGUCCCCCGAACCGGGUUACUUAUAAUUCUUUUAUCAGGUACUACAGCACUGUUAAUGAGAUUGAUAGGGCUGUCGAGAUGAUGAGAAGGAUGCAAAAGAUGAAUCAUGGGGUACCUUCUUCAAGUUCUUAUACACCAAUUAUACAUGCAUUGUGUGAAGCUGGAAGAUUAUUGGAUGCCAGGAAUUUUCUGGCUGAAUUGGUCGAUGCGGGUUCAGUACCUAGGGAGUACACAUACAGGUUAGUUUGUGAUGCUCUAAAUGCAGCAGGGGAGUCCAAUUUGCUAGAUGAUGAACUGCAUGAAGUAAUAAGGGAUGGUAUCAGAAAUAGGUGUAGGCAAUUGAUGAAGGUAAAACCAAUUAUGAGGUGCAAAAUGUUGUCAUAGUAUGGAAGAAGUUUUAUACAUCUGACAAAACUGGUUUGCUCUUCCUUUCAUAUGAAGAACAGAAGACAAUUAGAAGAAUUUCAGUGGCUAUCUUGGCAAUCUGCUGAACAGUAACCUCCCAUAAUUAGACAAUAUCACAGGAAGGGCAAACGAAGAAAACACCAAUUCCAGCUGUAAUCCAAUCAGCAGAAGCAAUGGAUCAGUUUGCAGAAUCAGCAAAUCAAACCAAUUUAAUUAUCUUUAAUAAAGCAGAUCAUAAGGCAAGAACCAAGGGAGAACAGAAGGCUGAAAUGAUACAGAAACUGAAGGAAGAACAGAAGGCGGAAAUAGUGCAGAAACUGAAGAUUGAGUAGUUUAAAAGAAGAAGAAGAACGAACGAAGGUUCAGGCAUCCAAAAAAAUUGAAUGAAGUCUUGGGUGGGAAUUAGAUGGCCUUUGGCCUAGGAUGGGGAACUUGGUUCUGUAUCAAGUUUAUGUUUUCUAAGCAUUCAAUAAUAAAAUCUCUUGCUGUAAACUCUUGUUUUAUUCAGCAUCUCAACAAUAAACCCUCUGCUGUAAUCUCAUAUUUCAUUCAAUAAAGCAACAUCACUCAUUUUAA